GUGGGGGUGUAUGGGGCGUUAUCCUUCUCCUUAGUCUCCUCUGCUGCUCUGCUUUUCUUUGCGCGUUUCUCUCCUCUUUCAAACUUUCAGCCCAUGUAGGAGUUUGGAGAAGGACGGUGGAAAACGGGACCCGAGAGCGCCGGAGCGGGUGUUCCCAGGUGGAGCGAGAACCAGAGUUCUACCUGCUGUUGGCUUUAACAGAACUUUCUCCCUCACUGCUCAGCUCAGGUGUGUGGCAUGGUGAGCUCAUAUGAGCACUGAGCGUCGGAGAACGUCGAUCAACUGACCCAGAAAUUUGAUGCAGAUGUUUUUUAUGCAGUUUAAAGAAGUGAGCUGGAAUUAAUAUCUGUGACUGCUGGAGAAAUGGAGAACUUUAAAGACCUCCUGCUCAAGCUGCAGGAUGCUCAUGAGCGAGAAGUGGAAGCUUUGCAGGCAAAACUCAAAGAACUGUCCAACAAGAAGGGCUGGAGGAAGAGGCUGGCUUUUCCAAGACUGAGAGCCGGGCUGUGCGACAGAUGCACGGUAACUCAGGAGGUCGCCAAGCAAAGACAGCAGGAAUAUGAAGCCUCCCAAAUACAGAGCCUGCAGCACAUCUCUCUCCUCGCUGGAGAGAUGACCAACCUGAGGAAAGAGAAUCUUAAACUCAAAGAAGACAUCACCAACCUGAGAGCAGCUCUUGAAGUUGAAACACCUGGACAGCAUUCUUCCAUCCCUCCCCCACCUUAUCCGAAGAAGCCCUCCUCCUCCCCAAGUGUAGAGGUGAAACCAAGCAAGCCGGUUGUCCAUGCUCCUAUCCCCUACCAUCCCAAACCCAUAAAGAGAAACCCCGUUCCUCUGCCCUGGUCCCUUCCAGAAUGCGCUGACUGGCUGUCUGUGGCAGCAGCAGCCGGUUCCAACCAACCAUCCCAAACCUCUCCCAGUAGGGUUCAUCUGCAACGCUAUCCUAACUUGGUUGCCCCAAUCUCUCCAUCCACCACCAGACGGCCUGGUUUUGGUUCUCUGUGGCAAAAGCAAAUCGUUCCUCAGGCCCCUAAAGAACCAACAGUGGUGUUCACAUUCAGGAUGCCAAAUAAUGCAGAGAAUGAAGCAAAACCUCCGGAGAAAAAGGAAAGUCCACCUCCCAAGGUUCAGAAAGGGUCUGGAGAAGAGCUUAGAGACGGCUGUGAUGGGCCUCUGGACCUCUCCGAUCGAGCAAAGCCUACAACUUACCAACCUGCAAAUGAUGAUAGUCCCACCACCUUACAAUGUGAGAGGAGCUUACAGGGGAGUCCGGAAAGAAAUGUGAAUAUGCAGAUACCAGUGUCCUCACCUUCAGUGGCCAACCUACGGUCCUCCUCCACCACAGCAGUCAAACAGCAAGAAGAAGAACCAAGCAAUGACUGCAACCAAGAGGUCAAAGAGCAGGAACAAGUAGAGGAAUCAACUGGUAAAACAGAGCAGAGCAACGGGAAAAAGGUUCCUGUCCUCACUCUGUCACUACGUCCAGCAGUGGUAAGGCUGGAGACCCUAACAUCUGCACUUCAUAAGCAAGAGUCUUUAUCAUCAAAUGGCAAGCAAAAGCGUCCGUCUGUGAGUCCGUGUGCAUCCUCUGCUUCGGCACAGUCCUCCUCUUCGGCCACCGAGGCAGAGAGCAGUUUGGACGAGCAAGAAGACAAGAGUGGGUCGGGUCAAGAGAGCAAGAAGGACUGCAAGAGGAAGAGACAGCGUGUGGAAAAAGACACUGACAGAGAAUCAGACACGAUCAAGAUCCAUCAGGAGAGAAGAAUCAAGAUUACAGUGAGAUCGGAGGAGAGGAGCCCCAGCUAAUCAGGAGGAUAUUGCUGAUUUCACAUGAGAGGCUUUCCCUCGCAGAAACAGCCAGAUGAACCGUAAACAAAGCACUGACUUCCUCCAACCUUCCUCCACCUUCUGCAGCAGAAAGGAAGCAAAACGUUUAUAUUGUUGUAUUUUAUCUGCAAAACUUCUAACCGCCUUUCUGCCUAUUAGCUCGGCUGUGGAUCGCAUGUACGACCUUAGAUGCACAUCACUCACCUGUUUUAGGUGCUAACUCUGAUACUGAACUUGACUUUGAUACUGAAUUUGACUUUGGAGGUAGUUUUUCUGGUACGUGAGUCACAGAUGAGAGCAGAU